AUGUCUGGCGAGUUGGAAGCAGAGUUCGUGAGAGAAUUCAAAGACCCUAAUCACGAAAAGGGGCCUGUCACAGACCUGGAAUCCCUCAAUGUUGCGAUCCGGGAUCUUGAGCAAGUGGUUGAUGCGACACCAAUGCACUCUCAAGCCCUCGUGGAACAUCUAAAAGCCCUUAGAAGCUUGGUUUCAAGGCUAUAUAACAUGACAUACUACGAGGGGGGUCUCGAAAAGCUGCUCGAGCUCUCUCUUCAAAUUCUCACGACUCUUCCAGAGGGGACACAUGAUCACGAAGUCGACCUCUAUACCACGGCGUUUAUUCUCAUGGCCCUUCAUAUCAGAACAUGGAACCUGGAAUAUCUCGAAGAAUCUCUCAUCAUGCUGUCGCAUGCAAGGAAGGGGGAAGAACCGGCUAACAGCUCGGAGUUAUCAAAUGAUCUAAAGAAUCUAUCCUUGGAAGUAGAGAGACACGAUCCGAGUACAAAUGUGAAGAGGAACAUGGAGAUAGCAGUAAAGGUGCUGCGGCAAUGCAUCAAUCUGACGGCGGGGAGGGACCCUCUUUUCCUCCGCUGGUUAGAUCUCUUAUAUUUCUUGCUUGACAAGCUCUUGUACUAUACCCCAGGCGGCAAUGACCGUGUGCCCAUUCACCAGGAGUCAAUCCGAGUGCUCUACGAUUUGGCCAACCUUGAGAUUUUAAGGGGGGACUUUCAGAUUGAAAAGCUUCUCAAAAUCAUGGGACAUCUUGAAUGCUUACUCAAGGAUACCGGUGACCCGAGAUUCAACGAAGAGGCGAUGGCAGUGUCUGGGCGCCUGUUGAAAAUAAUCCCAACCACCCAUCCACAAUACCUGACUGUCGUUUACAACCGUGGGACGGCCUACCUGCGGCAAUUUGAGAGUACGGCCCACGUUCAGGAUGCAUUGCAGGCCAUUGAGCUAUUCAGAAACGUCAUAAAAAUCCCACGAGAAGAUAGCAUUAUAUACCGGACUGCGAUGCUUAAUCUAGGAAUUGCACUUGUCUGGCUAUCUAAGAGAACGGUAAACGCAGAUCUUCUUGACGAAGCUCUCCCCAUUUUGCAACGAGCUGUUGAAUUGGAGGGGAGAGGAAGUGAACGUGUACGAUGGACCACAAAUAUCAUAGAAUGUCUUAUGGAAUCUGGGAAAGAGGCGGAGGCUAUCGAUACCGCUAUGAAGGUCCUCCAGUCUGAAUCCUGCCCAGUCGAGAUAUACACCAUGUUAGUCACCGCAUAUGGGUGCCUAUACGACAAAACAUCGAGACUGGAGGAGCUGAACAGGGCCAUAGAGAUAGGCCGGCAGGGACUCAAUGCGCUGUCUCAGGAACUUUUGCAACAUUUGAUGUUCCGGGGUACCCUCGCGGCGCAGCUGCUGCGACGGUAUACGCGCAGUCAUCAACUUGCGGAUCUCGAGGAGGCCAUCUAUAUAAGUAGAAAGGUAAUCAAAAACGUCCCCAAAGGUCUCUUCUCGCGGUGUAAAGCCUUGAUCAAUUUAGCAACCAUGCUCAGGAUGCGGUAUAUGUGUUUGAGGAACAUCAAGGAUCUCCAGGAGUCGAUCGAGCUUCAGACCGAGGUCCUUGAUACCAUCCCCUAUGAUCAUCCGGCUCGGCCGAAUUAUUUGAGAAUGCUUUCAGAUCACAUCUAUACUAGGUACAAGGACCUCGGAGACGAUAAAGAUCGUUCGAGAGCAUUUGCAUUGUCUCACGAAGCAUUAGAAAGCGUGGUGUUUGACUCCCCAUACUUUGCACAUUGUCAUUUCCACCAUUGUAAUCUGCUUGCACAAUGCAAUCCUCCACCUUGGUCGGAAAUCUCGUCUUUGCUAUCACGGUCGUGGAGGUCGCCGACCAUUCUUCCUGGAUUACAACUGAGAAUGGCUGCAAUGCUGCGAGAUACUCGCCGGAUGGAAAAGGAUUUCGAUGGUGCGUAUGCAGCCGCAGCAGAGUCUAUCAGGAUCCUGAGACGCAUCAACCCCAGCUCGCUUGCCAUGGGUGACAGCCAAUAUUUGAUCAAACAGUAUCGGGCCCUUGGCAGCGAAGCGUGUGAACUGGCGCUGCGUGUAGGGAAAUCGGGGACUGAGGCCUUGCAGCUCCUAGAGCGCGGACGGGCCAUUAUUAUAGGUAACUUGAUGGGCACCAAAAGAGACGAGAAAGAGCUCAGAGAGGCACAUCCUACCUUAUGCACAGAGUACGAGCGUCUGCGCCUCGCAAUCAACCGCGCGGGUCAAGGCCUGGGCUUGGAUGAAAUCAUGACAAAUGGGAAUUCGCCAAAUCAAGCCAACUCGAUUGCCAAAUUUGAAAGUCUCGUUAGUCGCAUUCAGGAACUCCCAGGCUUCGAGAACUUUCAGAAGGGCUUAACGGAGAAGCAAUUGCGGACCGCAGCGGGUCAAGGCACUAUUGUCGCGAUCAAUUUCAACGCAUGGAGAAGCGAUGCGAUAGCACUCUCAUCUAACGGGGUUAAGGUCAUUGCUCUUACAGACCUUAACGUAGACACAGCCAAUGGUUGGAUAAUGAAACUUGUUGACUCAAGCGGAGGUCCCAGCAACAAGGAAUACAUGGAACUCUUAAGGUGGCUCUGGCAGGAUUGCGUCGAGCCUAUUCUGAGGGCACUUGAUUUCCGUCCCCAGGAUUCCCCCGAAGAUUUGCCCCGGGUCUGGUGGAUAGCAAGUGGGGGAUUUACAUUGUUUCCCUUUCAUGCCGCUGGAGAUCGCUCAAGGGGCCCAACAGCAAAUACAUUAUCAUACGUCCUCUCCUCAUAUACAUCCUCAAUCAAUACUCUGCUCGAAAUGAGAAAGCGAAGCCCGUCUCAUCUUGCAUCCAACUCAGGCUCUCCAGCCAAGCUGCUCCUCGUCUCCAUGCCCACAACCCCCGGCGCUGCAGAUCUUGAGGGUGUGGAGCAGGAGGUGGCCGCCAUCAAAACCGUGCUUGGCUCCUCGAUCCGGAUGGAGAAGCUCCUCCAACCCGAUGUCGACACCGUGAUGCAGCAUCUUCCUCACAGCCAGAUCGUGCACUUCGCCUGCCACGGCGUGGCCGAUCCCAUCAACCCCGCGGACAGUGGGUUGCUUCUCCAGACAGCCUUCGCCACCCCCGAGCAACAGGUUCUGACCGCGCGAGCGAUCUUUGAGAGCCACAACGUGCAGGGACAAAUUGCUUACCUCUCUGCCUGCUCGACGGCGGAGGCCCGGGUCGCCGGGCUCCUGGACGAACACCUCCAUGUUGUCAGCAGCUUUCAGGUCGCGGGAUUCCGACAUGUGGUCGGCUGCCUUUGGCCGUCGGAUGACGCGGUCUGCGUCGAGGUUGCUGUCUCCUUUUACUCGCAGCUCCACCGGAGCGGGAUGCAAGCCCUGACGGACCGAGAUGUCGCGUUGGCUCUUCAUAAAGCAGUCAAAGCGAUAUCGGAGCACAAGAAGUAUGAGAAGCGGCCUUUGCGCUGGGCCCAAUAUGUUCACUACGGCGCGUGA